AUGGCACAUAAUACACGAUCUAGUAGCAAGUCUAAGGAUGAUGAAAAUAAUAAUGGAAGGCGCUCAUGCUCUUCUGCAUCGGAUGCAAAUGACCUCAAAAUAUCUGCUAGAAAGACAGCAUUAAGGGCGUCUUCAAUUCCUCCAGGAACUCGGAAGUCCAAGCGUUUACUAAAAAGGACAACACCAACUAACACAAAGAGAAGGAAACUUGAGAGGUUUGAGCGACCAAAGAUUCCAAGUCCCAUGAGGAGAUCCGAAAGAACUAAGAAGCACUGUCCUUUGUUGACAGAAGAUAAUGCACAUAAAUGCAAGACAGACUCCUUUUUUGUGGAGUAUUGGCUUCCUGUACAGAUAUCCCAAGUGCAGCUUGAACAAUAUUGUUCUACUUUAAUUUCAAAUGCUUCGGUUCUUCAGUCAUCAUCAAAAUAUGACUGUGUUGGAGCCCUUCGGGACCUUCUUAUAUCAACUCGGAAGUGUUGUAAUCACCCUUAUGUUGUUGAUCCAUCUUUACAAACUCUGCUUACCGAAGGUCUACCAGCAGUUGACUACCUGGACAUUGGAAUAAAAGCUAGUGGCAAGCUGCAAGCUCUCGAUUCAAUGCUUAUGGAGUUGAAAAAGAAGGGUCUGAGGGUGCUCAUUCUUUUUCAGUCUAUAGGUGGUUCUGGGAAGGAUUCCAUGGGAGACAUUUUGGAUGAUUUCUUGCAUCAGAGAUUUGGUUCAGAUGCUUAUGAGCGGGUUGACAAAGGUGUCUUGCAUUCUAAGAAGCUAGCUGCCCUGAAUCUGUUCAACAAUAUUGACAGUGGAAGAUUCAUUUUUUUAUUGGAAGCAUAUGCUUGCGUUCCUAGCAUUAAAUUGUCAUCAGUUGAUAUCAUUAUUAUAUUUAAUAGUGAUUGGAAUCCAAUGAAUGAUAUAAAAUCGCUUCAGAGGAUAACACUUGAUUCACAGUCUGAACAAAUAAAAAUAUUUCGUUUGUAUGCAUGUUUCACUGUUGAAGAAAAAGCCCUAGUUCUUGCUAAGCAAGGUAAGACACUUGAUAGCAAUUUGCAGAACAUAAGCUGGAGUAUCAGUCAUACGCUGUUGAUGUGGGGUUCAUCUUGUCUAUUUGAUAAAUUGAGACUUAUUCAUGAUCGCAAAAGUUCUAGUUCAUGUGCCAAUUAUUCAUUUGAAGACUCCGGACAACUUUCCAAAGAAGCAUUCCGUGAGUUCUCAUCCAUACUUUUGGAAGACAGUGGACAUAAUGAUCCAGGCAGCAGUUCAAUUAUAUUGAAAGUCCAGCUAAAUGAAGGAACAUACUGUACUAAUUUUGCUCUGCUUGGUGAGAAAAAACUUGGAUCUCCGGAUGAGGGAUUACCCCAUGUGUUUUGGACUGAACUUUUAAAGGGAAAAGUUCCUCAAUGGAAACACUCAUGUGGUUCGUCUCAACGGAGUCGUCAAAGGGCUCAUCAUGUUGGUGGUUCAGUAAAUACUCCCAACUUUGAGAGUGAAGAAAUAAUAAGGAAGCGCAGGAAAGUGAUAGAUGGUGUUGUUUAUGAGCCCCCUUCAAAUUUUCAAGGUGAGAAGUCAUCCAAUGGAAACGAGGAAGGUGAUAAAGCUACAUAUCAGAAAAGAAGGAAAUUGUGUGAUGAGCAGAAGAGCUUACAUAUCUUACUGGUGCCAGAGAUAGCAAAGCUUUGCGAAAUUCUUCUUCUUCCUGAUAAUGUCAAGACUGUGGUGCAUAAUUUUCUUGAAUAUAUUAUGAACAAUCACCACAUUAGCAGGGAAUCCGAGUCAAUCUUGCAGGCUUUUCAAAUAUCUCUGUGUUGGACUGCAGCUUCUUUGCUAAAGCACAAGAUUAACCACAAAGAUUCCCUAAUUCUUGCGAGAGAGCAUUUAAAAUUUGACUGUAGAAAGCAAGAGGCUGAUUAUAUGUAUUCGAUGUUGCGAUGUCUAAAGAAAAUAUUUUUAUAUCGCGCUGGAAAUUCCAAUGGGGUUGGCUUUUCUAGACCUUGUGAAUCACCAAGCAAGGUUUAUUCCUGUACAGGAGUGGCACCAGGGGUUGAAUUGGCUAUGAAAGACGUUACCAAAAGCAUUGAAGAAAUUCAGAAGAAGUUCCAAAAGAAGCUGAGGAAGCUCCUUCUUAAGCAAGAUGAAGAAAAGAAUAAGCUGAAUCAAGUCAAUGAGGAGAAAAAGGCUGUUUUUAGGGAAAAAUACAAAAUAGAAUUGGCUGUUAUUCGUUGUUGUUUUUCUAAUGAUGCAAUGAGGUCAGAAAAAAUUAAGAUUUUGGAUAAAGAAUUUGCUAAAAGAAUUGAAGAUUUGGCAUGCCAGCAUGGAAUACUUCUCAAGGAUCUUGAAGCUGUACAACUGGAAGCAAGGCAGAAAUUCCAACGUUGGGAGGCCACUUGGAUAGAAGAAGUGAAGUAUUGGGCCCAAGAUGAACUGAAAAUAUGUCUUUCAAAGGAAUUUGGGUCUGGGUUGAAUCACUCCAAGACCAGUGACCAAGCUCAGCCUCAUGAUGGUUCAAAGAAUGUUGGCACUGCGUCUGAUUAUGUUGAUGAAGGUUCCAUUGCAGCUUCAUAUGGAGGAUCAAUAUCAAGAAAUGAUGGUCAUAAUAAAGCUGAAAGUUUAUCUGAAAGUCAAGGGAAUAUUAUAUCCAUGCUUUCUGAUUCCAAGGAACAUGAUUCUAAUAGAGCCACUGAUGGGGCAUAUGAAAGUGAUAGCCAAAAUAAUUUUAGUUGUUCUUGUAUAGAUGAUAUAGUCAAUUCAGUUCUACCUUCAUCUGAAGGAAAGGUAUGUGAUGGGAAAACAUUGGACGCUUCCAUCCAAGAGGCGGCUGUUGAAGUGCAUAAUUCUGACAGGUUAAAUGAUGGCUGGGAUGAGGUUCCUUCUACUAGGAAGGGGGGCUUUUGUCAGACUGUAUCGCUUAAUCCUGCUAGUGGUUUUUCAUUAGGAAGCAAGGUCAGUGUUUCUAGUAAUGGUAUGGAUGUCUCCUUAAAUUCGCAAUUAUCUCCAGAUCUUAUUCCAAGUGCAACUGCUGUAUGCAUACCAAAUUUUGAUAAUGCUGUACAAAUCCAUGAGGCCAAUGAAAGCGGUGGUAUGGACGCCUCCUUAAAUUCACAAUUACCUCCAGAUCCUACCCCAAAUGAAACUGCUGUAUGCUUGCCAAAUUGUGAUGAUGCUGUACCGAUCCACGAUGCCAAUGAGAGUAGUGGUUUAGAUAGACUUGCCACCUUCAGUUCGCCCUUUUCUGAAGAUAGAACAGCUGAAGGUGCCACGGGAUUUUUAUUAGAAAAAGAAGUACCCAUUGAAACAAUUGGGACUGUCUUUUUGACUGAUUCUCCAAAAAAUGCUAUUCCUCCAAAGCCUCCUUCAUCCAUACAACAAAGAUUUGAUGAAGGUGCCUCGAAUGUUUCAGAUGGAGAAUUAUUACUAAGGCCAUUUGGAACUGCUGGCCCAAGCCAUGGUUCUGAUAUUAUUUAUGACACUAAUUCACUCUCGCCAGAGCAACAACCUCUUGGAGAAAUCCCAACUGAAGUGUUAGAAAAUAGUCAUGGAGAGAAUGAAUGUUGUAAUGACAAAGAGAACCAGACAGAUGUUAUAAUGUUGGAUAACAUUGCUUCAUUAGAUCAACAGGAAGGAAUUUCUAGAACCAUCAAUGAAGACUCGGUGUCGCAGGAAAUUCCAGUAUCAUGCUCACAGUCAGAGCAGCCUUUAGUGAUCUCAUCCCCUGUGCUUGCUGUGAAUGAGGUGCCACAGGAUUUUCGUACCUCUUUAUUUACAUCCAAUAAAAUUGCUGAUGAAGAUGUAAGAGUUGGAGAAGUGCAUUACUCUUCUCAGCAAGCAGAGCGAUCAUCUGGUCCAGUUGAUGAUGUAGCGAUUCAAUCUAAUCCUGAGUCACUAGCUAUGGAGACUACAGUGCAAGUGCAGCUGUCAUCUACAAAGUUCCCUUUUAGCAGUCAGGAUGCCACUGAAAAAAUGCUAAAUGCUUCCCAACAAGCUGAGUCGGUGUCUACUCCUUUUAGUACUGUCCCGGUCACUCCAACUAACCCUGAUUUACUGCUCGUGAAUUCUCCAGAACAAGUACAGAUAUUACAUUCUGCAGAGUUUCCCUUGUCCAACCAAGAUCUAGCUGAAGAAGUGGAGAAAUUUUCCCAAGAAGUUGAGCCGCUAUCUAAUCCUGUCAGUCUUGUACUGCCUAAUCAAUCAAAUAGUGAAUCACUAGUCAUGGAGCCUCUGAUGCAAGAGCAGCAUUUACCAACUUCAGAGUUCCCUUCUUCCAACCACGACAUAGUUGAAGAAAUGCAUAAUCCUUCCCAACAAGACAGGCAAGUAAUGGCCAAUCAAGAUCUGGUGAAGGGAUUACCGUCUGCAGAGCACCCUUCUUCCAAUGAAAAUACUGCUGAAGAAUUACAGAGCUCUUCUCAACAAAUUGGAUCCGUAUGUUGUCCAAUUGAUUAUACGCCACAUGCUCGAGCUAAUGGUGAGAUACGGGUGAUGGGGCCUCUGGAGCAUGCACAGCAAUUAUUGUCCGUAAGGUUGCCUUCUUCCAACUUGCAUCGAGCUAUUUUACCUUUGGCCCCUACAGCUGAGGACCAACGAAUCAAUGAAAUUACUGUCUCCAGCCACGUUCCUCAGGCAAUAGAUGAGGUUCCUAAUCAGGUUGUUAUGCAACUUGAUUCAAUGACGCCUACUGGAGGCAGAACACAUUUCUCAAACACAAUAAAUAGGUCCACUCCUGGGAUGAGCAGUCAACCUAUUCAAACUGCAACCCGAUCUGCUUUUAGGAUGCCUCCACCAUUGUACGUUGAUCCGCUUGAAAUUGAAAUGGAGAAAAUACGUAAAGAAGCAUAUCAAGCUGUGGGAGACCAUGAAAAAGUGAAAUUGCAGUUGAAAUCUGAUCGUGAAAAGGAAAUGAAAGAAAUUGUUAGGAAGUAUAAUAUGAAACUUCAGGAGAUGGAGGUUGAAUAUCAGCAAAAGAAGAAGAGCUUGAAUGCAAAUAUGAAAAAAACUCUUGCCGAGAUGAAAUUAGCAGAGGUUAUCCGGUCAAAAUGUUGGGGCCCUAAAUUAAUAGGUGCAACGGGAAUGCCAAUAGAUGCAAAUUUCGCUCAACGGUUUGUUCAAUUUCAUGGAGAACAAAGUGCUGUCAGGCCCUCCAUAGUUGGUUCAUCUUCAUGUAUGCCUCCUGCAACCACUCUGCAAAGUAGCUUUGCCAUGGUUAGAUCUCAGCUUGUGGCGACUCCUAUUCAGUCUUCAUAUGGAACGACAGGCAAUUUCUCCAAUGUUUCUGCAAGAACACCUCAGGUUGUUGGUAAUAUGCAUACCUUUGCACCAUGUCCCCAGCUGUAUAGAUCAUUAACUUCUAUGCCCACCACGAGUCAUGUCAGUCACCCCACCCCUCUAAGUGGGAUGUCCAGUCGCCUAGUUCCCAGUACCAUCCCUGCAACGCCUUUCUCACUCCCUUACAUUUUACCCCAACCAACACCACCACCCUAUCAGCAACUGUUUCGGAAAGGAAUAUCAUCUCCUGCUGCGGCACUGGAAAGUUUUCAAGGUGGGAAGGGGCAACAAGUUCAGUUUUGUGGAACCAGCUUAUCCCCAUUCCCCACCUUCCCUAUCUCAGCUUACGUUCUUCUGCAUAACACCCACAAGCCACAUGGAUAA